AUGAAUAGAAAAACGUGGUUCACGCCGCACUGAGCGGAUCUAUAUAACGAAGCUGUAUAACUGUAACAAACAAUUGGAUACUGGAGGAUUGUUAGAUUUUGGGGGGCAGUCUUGAGAUUUCUCCCAAGGCGUGUAGCUUGAGCUUCACCUUCCGCUUUUGACGAACUCAUGAAUAUGAAUUAAGUGGAAGACUUAAAGAAAAACGUCGUGGCUGUUCUUUGAGAUUCAACAGCCAGUCCUGAGCCAGAAGAGUGAAAAGCCACAUCGGGCGACAGACUACUCGUUUGAGACAACCUUUCGCAGCGUUUUUGUAUUUUAUUUCCUAACUCUUGUGUCAGCAUGGCCUUAAGAGGACCACUGUCCAGAUUAUUGAGAUGCACGUUGAGUUCCUGCCAGCAGAACCGAUCUCAUUCUGUUGCCAUUUUGGGAGCUCCCUUUUCCAAAGGACAGAAAAGGAGAGGGGUAGAGCAUGGACCCAAGGCUAUCCGGGAUGCGGGUUUGGUGGAGAGACUUUCAAAUCUGGACUACGCUGUGCAUGAUUUUGGAGACCUGACCUUCAAGCAUCUGGAAAAAGAUGAGCACUUUAUGCACGUGCCGUUCCCACGCACAGUUGGACGUGCCAAUCAGCUGCUGUCAGGAGCUAUGAGUGGUGCAGUGGGGGCGGGACACACUUGCAUCAUGUUGGGGGGAGACCAUAGCUUAGCGAUUGGUUCAGUGGACGGUCACGCUCAGCAGUGCCCUGAUCUGUGUCUGAUUUGGGUGGACGCUCACGCAGAUAUCAACACUCCUCUGACUUCACCCUCUGGAAACCUCCACGGCCAGUCUGUGGCAUUCCUACUUAAGGACCUGCAGAACAAGAUGCCACAAGUUCCUGGAUUUUCCUGGAUGAAGCCUUUCCUGUCUGCCAGAGAUCUGGUCUACAUCGGCCUCAGAGAUGUGGAUCCAGGCGAGCAUAUAAUCCUGAAGACCCUGGGAAUCCAAUAUUUCUCCAUGAGGGAUAUUGACAGAAUGGGCAUUCAGAGGGUAAUGGAGGUCACUUUGGAUCACCUAUUGGCAAGGAAACAAAGGCCGAUACAUCUUAGCUUUGACAUCGAUGCUUUUGACCCGUCCCUGGCUCCUGCCACUGGAACUCCUGUUAAUGGAGGAUUGACCUAUAGAGAGGGCAUCUACGUAACUGAGGAGAUCCAUAACACAGGUUUACUCUCUGUGAUGGACGUAGUAGAAGUGAACCCCACACUAGGUGCCACACCUGAGGCUCUGGAGGCCACAACUAGCCUAGCCGUUGAUGUCAUCGCAUCUGCUCUCGGUCAGACACGUGAAGGAGCACACAUCGCCUUCCCGAAGAUUCCAGAACCAAAAGAAGACACCGAACUGCGGCUUUAGAGCACCAGAUAUUCACGAGGACUUUGAAAAACCAACCACUUUGCAUUCCAAAGUCUAAAAGAACGACACAGAAGGGUUUGCAGAGACUGAGCACCAGACUAAAGAUUUAAUUUAAAGGUUACUCUAGUCUUGGUAAAAAAAAAAAAAAAAAAAAAAAAAAUUGUCACCUCCUUGUUGAAGUGCUACCAUUAAUACAUGGAUGAGAUUCAUUUUUAUUAUACCGACUAAAUUUGUUUUGGCUUAAAAAGGUCAGAGAUCUGAUUCUCUAUGUUUGAGGGUUAUUCUAGCAGAAAAAUAAAUAUUUAUAAUAUUUGUCAUCUGUCAUGGGAUUAGUUGGUAACCCUGAUCAUGCUCUGGGACUUGCUGCAGGAAAAAGUGAUCUAAAAACAAAUGUGCAUAUUUUUGCAGGCUAAAGUGACUCUUUACUCUGGUGGACUGAUCGAUUUUUCUUUAAUUUGAAACAUGUUUGCACUUUUGGACCAGAACAGGUUUUUAUUGUAUUUUUAUGUUUGUUUUGUUUUUUGUAUAGUAGGACUGCUUUUAAUGGCUAAUUCAAUCCUAAAAUUGAAAUUGAGUGAUCGUUUUUUAAACUAGCGCACAUGAAGUAAGUUAUUUCAGUCAUUUUCAUUUCUAUUUAAAUAAACCUUUGAAAAAUCAUGUAUGAAUGCAUUUUAUACACCCUUCAGAUCUGAAUUUACCACCAGUACAAGUAUCAUCUUGGGGAAAGUUUGAUUUGCUGCAUUUCUGUUUCAGUAAAAAUGUUUUGUUGCAAUAAACUAAUGUACUGGA